AUGACACAAGACAUUGUUACGUGUACCAUGAUGAACUUUCGUGCAGGACUGAGCACUGUGUAUUUAGAACAGAAAACCAUAUUUAACCUGAAUAAAUGGCCAGAGGAAUUCACUGUUGUAAUAGGAGCAUUUGAUAUGGAACAACAAGAUCUCUCUAUGAAUGUACAAAAACCUCUUCAUGGUACACUUAUGUUUACAGAUGAAAAAACAACAGCACCGAUAACACUGAAUUGUGAAACUGCUGUAAAUGUAGUCAGUGAACCAUGUGGUAAUUUUAGCAAAACUUUACCAUACAACAAGGAUACAGUAUCCUGGCUUUACACCACUCUGUUAUAUAAUCAGAGUAUGAAUUAUUCUGGAUUUGACUUGUUAAAAGUCUACUUCUCAGAUUCUAUGAAUAUAUCGUCAAUUGUUGUGACAAUUCAGUUCAUAUUAAUGGAGUCACCUUGUCAUAAUGAUGGAUUAUGCCAGCCUAAGAAUGGCAGUAACUACCCCUGUACCAGUACCUACAGAGCAGAAAGUUUUGACCUGUAUUAUGACUGUGUCUGUUUACCUGGAUAUUCUGGUGUAUACUGUGAAGAAAACAUUGAUGGGUGUCUUAGUUCCCCCUGUUUAGAUACAUUGGAGUGUAUAGAUGGGGAUAAUGAAUAUGAAUGUAGAUGUCCAAUAGAUAAUCCUGAUUGUGUAUUCAAGGAGACCACUGAAGCUUUGAAUCUGGGCCUUAUUAUUGGAAUAACAGCUAUUGUCUGUAUAUUGGGAAUCUUUAUGAUCAUCAUUGGCUAUAAGUAUGUAAAUAACAGAAAGAAUACCAGAAAUGGAUAUGGACUUCCAGAUACAACUCAUCAGAGUUUCCCUAUGAAACCUAUGUUUCAGUCCUCAGUUUUAAUGCAAAGGACUGCAAGUGAUGAUGUUCCUCAAAGUGGACCAAAUCCUGUAACUGAAAGAGUGGAGACAGAACACCAAGUUCAUACUGAAUCAGUACCAGAAUAUGAACAUUUGAUUUUACCUCAAACCCCAGCAGCUAUUGGUGGUGAUGAUAUUGAUACAAUACAUGUAAUAGUGACUGAGCAAAAUGGUCAGAGUCAUGGAGAAAGUGAUGAUGUCCAACAAAGUGGUACAACUCAUGUAAGAGGAAGAGAGCAGACAGAACAUCAAGUUCAUACUGAAUUGCAAAACACAGAAGUUAUCAAUGAUGAUGUUUCUGAGAAUCCUGAUAAUGGAAACACUAAUGCAAGAUGUAGCACAUCACAAGGUGUAAGAGGAAGAUGGGAUUGCAGGGUCCACCCUGCUCCCCCCAUUUUGAAAUCAGAACAUUCAUUGAUUGGAAAGAAUCUUCAGCCAAUGAUACUCGAUUAUAAAUCAUCUGUAACCCACGACUUGUCUGUACCUCAUCUGUAUAGAUUGAAAGAGAACUGCCCUCUAACAAAUUACUCACUUGGUGAAUUAGCAACAGAAUUUACAAAGCUAACCAAAGAAAUCAUGCAAGAAGUAAUGUUUUCAGCAGAGAAAGAAUUUAAUCUUGAAAAUGCCCAACAGUUAUUGCACCAAACUAUAGUGUAUGCAAAUGAGAUUGGUGGACCAACAGAAUCAGCUCUUCCUACUGAAACAACACAUUGGGUAUCCAGUUCAAACCCAGGUCCUUUACCUUCAGCAUCUCAGCAGUCAGGCAGUAAAACUGGUUCCCAGCCACCUGGUAAUGGUAAAGGCAAAAAGAAGAAGUAUUAUGAAACUACCCCAACAAAGGAAGAACGUUUACAGCAAUUUUCAAAUACCAGCUCUAGGGAACCCCAGAAAAGCCGGAAAGCUUCUUCAUCCAAAACAACACUUCUAUUUAAUUUUAAAUCUGCCUCAGACAACAAAGAAUCAUAA